AUGGCCGAUGUCAGCGAAGGACCCGCAGGCGGCUCUGUAUCAGAGCCGCUCGAUCUUGUCCGGUUGCUGCUGGAUGAGGUUGUCUUCGUAAAGCUGCGUGGCGACAGGGAACUGAAAGGACGGUUACACGCUUACGACAGUCACAUGAACCUCGUUCUUGGUGACGUGGUUGAGACCAUUUACUUGGUCGAGGAGGACGGCGACGAGGAAGAGAUCAGGACGAAGACCAAGAAGUCCGAGAUGCUGUUUGUUCGAGGCGAUAGUGUAGUGCUCGUGUCACCAGACUCUCCGGAAUUAUCGUGA